CAUUGUUUUCUCGGCGCUGGACCAACGCCUAGGUCGCCUUCAUGGCGUACGGAAAAUGCUAAUAAUGUAUCGCAUUAUCUUACUAUCAACCAUCACCCUACUACUUAGUAUCCCGCUUUCCCCACUCCUCUCAUCCAGCCUCACCAUGCAUCUCUUUUACCUUGCCCCAUUCCCCUAUUCAGUAUAUAUGAUUCCUCACAUGACCUACGAAAAGGCAGCUACAGGCAAUUACCCCUCAUCUCCGUUUCCCAUUACUUUACACAUGACAUCACUACUUACCAUGUCUACUUCAUCUCGCUCUGAGUGUCAACCUUUCCUUAAACUUUAUGCCUAUCUUCAUCGCCUACGAAAGGCCAAUGCCUCUGGACGCCAAUUGCCCGCCAAAUGACGUCCCUGAGCUCGCUGAUCCCAACCCUCCCUCUUCCUGGCAAACCCUCCUUCACUGACAACAUGCCUGAAUUUACAUAUUCCAUGUCGCCGUCACCACGAUACGCCUGG